GAGCGCGCGCGCAUAGAUUUUCAUCCAAAUCCAUAUAUCUAUUUUUUAAUCCUCGACUGCCGCCGUAUUGCUGGUUGAAGCCGACGAGAGGACACUAUUUCACAAUGCAACGCGUUUAAUAAUCUUUGCGCAAUCUUCACAUCUCAUCUUUGCGUCCUCUGAAGUGCGCAUUUGUUUUAAACUUCAAUUUUCCUUCCGUCACAUGGACAGCAUCAUGACCGGUUUGUGGGAUCGCAUCCCUUUGGAAUGGUGGGAAUUACGCGGCGAGAUGCCAGAUCGCAUGUAAACGCCAAUGGAGUUUGGGAUUUAUUGCAAAAUAUGGGAAAGAUGACCGUCUUGUCUUUGUGUUUUCUCUUGUGCGCUGAUCUACUGCAAAUAGCUGCCGGAUAUUUGACCGUAACGAUAGAGCCCUUGCUACCUGUUGUUGUGGGAGAGACCGUGACUCUAAAGUGCAACUUCAAGACAGAUGGAAGAUUGCGAGAGAUUGUGUGGUACAGGGUUACUGAUGGGGGCACUAUUAAGCAGAAGAUCUUCACGUACGAUGCUAUGUUCAAUACCAAUUACUCCCAUAUGGAGGAUUACCGCCGACGGGAAGACCUGGUAUAUCAGUCGACAGUCAGGCUCCCAGAGGUUCGGAUUUCAGACAACGGACCCUAUGAAUGCCAUGUAGGAAUCUAUGAUCGUGCAACACGGGAGAAGAUUGUCCUGGCAUCAGGGAACGUCUUGCUCACGGUCAUGUCUCCACCUAACAACAUCUCAGUGGUGGCAGAGAACACCCCAGCACCAUUCAGCCGCUACCAGGCCCAGAACCUCACUCUGGUCUGUAUUGCCAAAGGAGGCAAACCAGCCCCAUCGGUAUAUUUCAAGCGGGAUGGAGAGUUGAUAGAGGUGAUCUCCUACGUUUCGCCCACCAUGGGUUACGAGGGCACUGGCUCUGCUGGUGUGCGUGGAGCCAGACCUCUGAUCAGCAGGGACCUGGAUGACACCAAGCUGAGGAAGUCUCUUUCUCUGCUGGGUCCGGACGGCAGGCCCGGAAGACUCAAUACAGAGAGCCCUAAACGGAGCUACAUUGCCAAGCAGCCAGGUCACGAGCCCAGCCCGGCCACAGAGACCAUCCCAGAGACAGUGGUCAGCCGGGAGUUCCCACGCUGGGUCCAGAGCACAGACCCCCUGUACUACUUUAGCAACAUGCACAUGCCCCAGAGCGAUGGGUCUGUGCUGGUUCAGGCCAAACUCACCUGGACCCUAAAUCCGCAGUUGGACAACGAUGCACUCUUUAGCUGCGAGGUCACACACCCGGCUCUCUCUAUGCCUAUGCAGACCGAGGUCAUACUGUCGGCUCCGAAAGGCCCCAAGCUUGUGAUAACCCCUACCAGGGCAAAGGUAGGGGAUACAGUUCGCAUCACCGUCCAAGGUUUCCAGGUAGGAUCUCCAGGGAAUGAGGUGUUUCCUGAGCCUCUGUUUACCUGGACGCGGGUUGGCGGGAGACUGCUGGAUGGCAGUACAGAGAAAGAUGGGAAGGAGCUGGUGUUGGAGCGAGUCCCUGCAGAACUCAACGGCUCCAUGUACCGCUGCACAGCUCAGAAUCCACUGGGCUCUACUGACACACACACACGCCUCAUUGUUUUUGAAAACCCCAGUAUGAUGAAAAACACACAGAACCCGAACAAUGGAGGGCCUGGUUUGCACAAGCUUGGACUGAUAAUACUGCCUAUUGUUCUCAUAGUGACUGUUGAACUGACGUGAAUAUCUUCAAUUCAACCACACACAAAUACACCUCCUCUCCAGUCCGCCACACACACACUCACUCACACACACACACACACACACACAUACACAUACACACAAGCCUUCUCUAAACCUUGCAUCCCUCAACAGGGGGUGCACCACCGUUUUUUGAGAAAAAAAAAAGUGCAAAAAAUGUAUCCAGAUGAUGAUAUCCCUGAUUAAAAAAAUAAAAUACAAAAAAAACUGAAUAUGAGAACAAGAACCUCCUUUUGUCCUCCCCUUUCCAAACAGACACGUUUUGGGGUUUUGCUUUAUUUUCCCAUUGAACUUGCCCGUCAAUCCACAAAAAUCUGCCAUUCAGAAAAAAAAAGGAAAUAGGAGAAGAGCUUUGGUUUCAAGAUGAACGCAGAUGUCAUGCACUGCGGUCUGGAGAAAAGGCACUUAAUAAAUGUUGACUGUCAUUCAAGCUGUCCUCAAGACACGUCUAAAGAAUACUGCACACUGGCAAAUACAGGACUCAAGCGACCCCCUUUUUGAGGACCAUCUGAUCUUGACCUUUAUGCCAUUUGUGUUUUUGACCACAGUAUUUUUUUCAUUACAUUUUCUCGAAUUGCUCUCGGCUGGAAUGUAAUAAAAAAAAAAGUGACAAUUCUAAAUGUCCUGUGACAUUUUAUUGCAAAGACAUGGGAGAUCCUCUUUUUAAGUGUAUUUUGUGUACAUCCCUGUAAAUAAUGAAAAGUAUAUUACAGAAAAAAAAUAAAUAAAUAAAAUGAAUAGGGGCUCGGGAUUUUGGGGGUGAGAUUCAAGGGGGUUAGCAGCUAAUGGCUUUAUCACAUGCUUCCAGUCAUCUCCAAUGGCCAACUGAAAUCCAACUCAACUGAAGUCAACUGAAAUCCCAUGCAGGCAGUGAUAGAAAGCAGUGAAAUCAGUGGCCUUUCUGAUCUGAUUACAUGUGUUCAGUAUCUAAAACAUCUGUGUGACUGUUCAGCCGCAAAUGACUCUUUUCAGGGUUGUUGUGCAUUUGUUGUUUAAAGAUGGUUUCCCGUCCUCAUCUGUUUGUCGCCUUCCUGUCCUUAAGUUCUUGUCGCAUUUUCAUUAAUCUGCAUCGUGUACAGUCCUUUUCUCUGAUCUAACAGUUACUGCUGGCAUCAUGGCCACCAUUACGACCCUCCCCUCCACCAUCUCUCAAAGGAAGCUCAAGUGAAGCCAAGUGUAAACAGGGUUGUUGCAUUUGUUUCAUAUCAACUGUAUUAAAAAAUGGAGAUGAUCAACUUAACACAACUGGAGUGUGAUUGUCCUUUAGAUGCUUUGUUUCAAAGAUUUCUUCUCGCUCAGCAACUAUACACCACAUGCUAAGACCUAUCUGGUUGACUAGCCUCAGUAUUGUCCAUACGAGUCAAUGCUAUGUAAUAAUAUUAUGAAAUAAUAAUAAUCAUCAAUUCAGAUUUGACUUUGCUUUGUGAAUUCCUCUCGAUAACACUCAAAUGCUUGAGUUUUUCUAUUAUAUAAUUUUUUUUGUUGCAGUGGCAUGAUGUCACCCAGAAUCAUUGGAUCUGUUCCAAAAC